GAUGUAGGGAUCGAUAUUAUUAACGUGUAAUUUUGCUCUGAUAUAUCGGAAAGUACUAAUGUUAUUCUGAGUAAGGAUAAUAAUAUGUUGAAUCGAUGCAGCCUGAAAGCUACUUCCCUCUCCUCGAUGGUAAGUUUCAGCCGCAGGUAAGUCCAAGCUACGCACGAAGUAGCACUAUAGGUGCACUCAGACCAGCAUGAACGUUUACUAUUUUAAAACUAACGAAUAACGUAGAUCUUUGCAAUGAACAAUGUUUCUAAAUUCUCACAGACCGAAAAAGUUUUAUCAAAAUGCUCGCAUCAGUGAUUUAUGGUUUGCAAAAUGCGUUUAUUAUUAUUUUAAAACUGUUGGUCUUGCCACAGUAAGCUUACGCUUGAAAUCCGUCAAGAAGAAUAAAAAAAAUUCGUCUUCGUUGUGUACUUCUUCGAAGCUUGGCAUACUGAUCAAUGUAGUUUUGUCUCUUAUAGUAAUCGCUAUAUUUUCCUAUACCACAAUUGUAAUUGCUGAAGGAACAUUUAAAAAUUCGCUCAAAUUUGAUCGAGCCAUCGGUGUGAUUCGCAUAAUUUUGGGAAGUAGCGCAGCCUUGAUUAUUCUAAUCACGUUUUCCUGUAAGCAAGGAUCAAUCACGGAGAUUGCAAAUAAUAUGCAGACAAUUUUUUCAGUUUUGUCAGCUAACUUUAAAACGAAAAUUGGAAAUACAAACGAGUCUUUCUCGAUUUUUCGAGAAACAGGAGGCGUUUUUUUUGUUAACAUUAUUGCAUGGUUACUUCUUUUUGUUACGGUCCCCACGACCAACUGGAAGGUCUUUGCUGUAACUCCUUAUGUCCCGGAGGUAAUAAUGACGUCUAUGCUGGUACAGUAUAAUAUGGUAUUGAAUUUAGUUAAGCGUCUCAUGGAGGUAGUUAAUGCUAAUCUCCUUUAUACAUCUCAAUAUGAUGAUAAAUAUGAAGAUAAUCAGAUCACCAUGAUCAAAAACGAUAGAAAUGAAAAUUCGUUUAAAAGAAAAAUUAUUAAGUUUACUCAAUUAAGAGAUUCGCACUACAUGCUUUGCGACAUCUCCGAAGAUUUGGAAAAGUUUUAUUCUCGAUUGGUCUUGCUUUGUAUUACUUACAUUUUUGGGUCAUUGAUUUUAUGCUCUUACUUUAACACAAAAGAAGUAUUGAAACAAGGAGUGGAGUUCUUGACAUUGAGAGCUACAUUAUUCUUUGGUGUGACGGUAAUUCAUUACAUCAUGCCUUUGGUAAACUUGACCAGAUCCACCAGUGCGGUUAUUGCUGAGAGCAAAAGAACUGUCAAAAUUGUGAAUAGAUGGUCUGGAAAUUUCCAUAAUCAGCCAGAAAUCGCAAUGUUCAACCAAUUUCCAAAUUACUUAGACCAGCCAAAUUUGGAAUUCACUGCAGAUUGCUGCUUCAAUCACAACAUAUUUGAUGAUACUAUUACAAGUCCAAGAUACUUCACCCAACUGAAGAAGUCCUAUCCCGAAGUUUACUUGGCGCAUUAUGUGAAAGCGGUCUCGUCAUCCGAGUCUAAAUAAGCCACUUUUAUAAUCGCGAUACAUUAUGCUGAUUGCCUAAGUUGUUAAAACUUCAAUAUUCAUUAUUUCAUUUUCAUUCUGUUCACAAAUCGGACACGUUGAAGCGCGAACGAUAUUUGUGUACGCUGUUUGCUUAUAUUGUAAAAUU